CGCCAAUUUUCCUCUACACUUUGCCUUCCGUGCACAAUGGCUACAUUGCAUGCUGCACAUUGGGCCACCUCCCUCACUCCCUCCUCACUCCCUCCUGGCGUCCUCAAUGCAGCCGCCCGAAGUUUUUACAAUUGGGUGGGUUGCGCGGUUGGUGGCAGCAAUCACCCCGCUGUUUCCAUCGCACGCAACUCCCUUUCCCGCUUCUUUGGCGCCCCAACUUCGACCUUAUUAGGCUCUGAGGGACUUCAGGUGGAUGCGCAGCAUGCAGCUUUGAUCAAUGGUAUCGCGUCGCACGUCCAUGAUUAUGAUGACACGCAUCUAGAAACCAUCAUUCAUCCGACGGGGCCUGUGGCGGCUGCCCUUCUGAGUAUCGCCCAGUCGCUCGAUCGACCAGUAUCGGGCGCUGAAUUUCUCACUGCCCUUGCUGCCGGGAUUGAACUCGAGUGCAAGAUUGGCCUGGCAGUCUGGCCGAGCCACUACGACGUGGGCUGGCAUAUCACUGGCUCCACUGGAUCCAUUGGGGCAGCCGUAGCGGUGUCGCGCCUCAUGAGUCUCUCCCCAGAGAAGACAGCCCAUGCAAUUGGUAUUGCUGCCACUCAAGUAACCGGCCUGCGCGAAAUGUUUGGGUCGCACACCAAAUCCUUCCAUCCGGGCCGGGCAGCCCAGAACGGACUUUUGGCCGCUAUCCUGGCAUCAGACGGGUAUACCAGCUCCGUGCAGGCCUUGGAGGCUAAGCGAGGCUGGGUACAGGUCACUAGCCAUGAUAAUAGGCUGGAAGAACAGAUGGCUAGAUUGCAAGCAGGAGAUCAAUGGGAACUCGAGAAAAACACCUUCAAGCCUUUCCCUUGCGGUAUCGUCAAACAUCCGGUCAUCGAUGGUUGCAUCUGGCUGCAUGGCGAGUUGCGCAGAAGGAGGCUACCGCUCGAAGCUCUAAACAAGAUCCAAGUCACUGUUCAUCCAUUGGUAUUGGAAUUGACCGGCAAAACUCAACCUGUUGAUGGGCUGCAGGCAAAAUUCAGUGUUUAUCAUGGCGGGGCAGUUGCUCUGAUAUAUGGCAAGGUAACGCCAGCGCAAUACGAGGACGCAGUCGUAACCGAUCCCGACACAAUCCGAAUGCGCGAGAAAAUUGUUGUUACAGUAGCGGAAACUAUUCGCACGGACGAAUGCCAGAUUGUAGCCGAGCUUGGGGCGGGCGAUAAUACUAUUGUACGACACGUGGACCAUGCCGUUGGCAGUCUCGAUGCGCCGAUGACCGACUGUCAACUAAUGGAAAAAUUCACCGAUCAGUGCAUUCCCAUCUUAGGAUCAGAACAGACAAAGAAGGCCAGUGACUGGUGCUGGAAUAUAGCGGCAAAGGAGGACAUCCGAGAAAUUGGACGUUUCCUUUAAAUUUGCCGCCACCUAGAGGUUACAACCUUGUGUACAAAAUAGGACCUCAUCAGCACAUACUGGUAGGAAAGCUGCAGCUGCAUGCUCCAGAUAAUCUCUACUCCAAUCUUCUGUUCAAUAUCGAGGGUGGGAUCAUUUGUUAUUUGUUCUGGCCCUUGAUUCAAGCAAUAUCUCAGCCUGGAUUGUACCGAGUGACUGGGUGAAUGGAGUUGUUCCCGACAGAGUCCCUGGGAUUGUAUACUACUCCCUGAUCAACUGAGUCACUCAAUACAAUUUACCAAAAACUUCAUUUAGUG